GGUUCACCGUAUGAGACGGAUCCAUUGUCCCGUUCUUGACGCCUGUCAUACUGCAAAAGAACAGUUGUUAUCCUAGUACAAUCACAUCAAUCGCAAUGAGUGAAUGCUAUCUCUACAGGCUCCCGAACGAGUUGCUCUUGCACCUCUUCACGCCUAUACCAACACCCGAACUACUGCCCUUGACCACAAUAUCGCAUCGCAUAUACACGCUUAUCCUACGCAUUCUACACAACCGCCUCGUUGCAGCUGCAGAACUGCACGACCACUCUGUGCUUCUCGAAUGCUUCCACCCCUCGGCGAAGCUCACUGAGCCGCCCUACUUCUGCACCUACCGGGGAACCGAUGGCUUGGUACGAUACGAUGAAUACGACCCCAACAAGACGGAUGUUGGAAGACUAGGCGAAAUGUACAACAUGUACUCGCGGUUCCGCCCACACAGACGAGAACUAGAACCAGGCAAGAAGAGAGUAAAGCCUCGUCCGGGAGAUGUACCUGGCAGUCGCACCUUUCCAGGAGCAGUACAGGAACGGUAUGAAGGCGAAUCAGUCAAGCAGACCCUAGGUCUAGAGGCACAUGAGUUGUUUACGCAGUUGGUUGCGCAGACGAAUCUCGUCAAGAUUGGUGUUCACAACUUUUUUACAAACUUUGUGAAUAUUGAGGAGAGCGUGCUGAGGGUGUGGAGAGAUUGGUUGAGGGAAACAGCAGCGAGAGGUGCUACGGUCAACACAGAUGUUCCUAAUGAAGUUGUUGAAGAGGUAGGCAAGGGCAAGGAAGUUGUUAGAGAAGUAGCAGAAGAGAAGGCGGACCUGGAGGAUUCACGUAUUCUGUGGGUCAGUCCGAGGAAGAAUAGCGGUAUACGUUUCAAUGUCAGGGAGAGGAAACUUCGUAGGGACGCGCCAAUCCUCAUCAGCACAGACGAGGACAUGCCCGUUACCUAUGAGAUUGAAUAUGAUGAGGUUCUCAUUCGAACGUCACAUCUCCUACUAAUGCUUGAGCAGUCCAUGUUGCAGGAGGACAAUUCAUCUGGAAAGGCAGUAGUUUUCGGAUCUUUUGGAUAG